GUCUUUUGCUCUUUCAACCCCGUGACUUCUUCACUUUCCAUCUUAUCACUCCUCUUCACUGAACGAGCAUCCACACAUUACCAAUAUGAGUUUCCUAUACCCAGGCACUCGAGUUUUUACUCCCACAAAUGGGCCGCAGCUCACUCUAACCGUGGUCCCCGCCAUCCUGCUCCCUCUAGCGACAAUGGCAGUCUUCACAAGAUUAUAUUCGAGGCAUAUAACCAAGCAGAAGCUUGCCCCUGAUGACUGGCUAGUCACUAUUGCCCUCGCUCUAGGCUAUGCACUAUACGCAGAUAUCGUCGUAUGCGUAGUAUUGGGUGGUUUGGGAUCUCACAUUACUGAGAUUGGGCCAGGGAACUUUGUUAUAUUUGCAAAGUCUGGUGCAGUUGCCUCUGGUAUCCUAUGGGGAUCGGCAGUCGUCGUCACGCAGCUAUCAAUUCUCGCCUUCUACGUACGCAUUUUUGGAAUCGCCCAACCAUGGGUCAAAUACUGCGCCUAUGCACUUAUGGCCAUGGUAUCCGGCUGGUGGUUUGCCCUUUUCGGCAGUAUCAUGGGCGAGUGCAUCCCUAUGGACAAACUCUGGAACCCAAUGGAAUCGGGCUCUUGCAUCGACCAGAAUAAGAUGUGCGGCGGCGGAGGAAUUGCUCAUGUCAUCCUCGAUUUCUUCAUCCUCCUACUUCCUCUGUACCCUGUCUGGAAGCUUCACACCAGUGUCCGCCGCAAGCUCUACGUUUCCAUGAUCUUCCUCCUCGGUCUCAUCGCAACCCUCUGCUCAAUCCUCCGCGUAACUUGCCUCAUCGACCUUGUCAAGAUCGACGAUACCGACGCAACCUACUCCAUGUGGCUCGCCUUCUUCCUCGAGAUCCUUGAAGUCUGCUGCGGCAUCACCGCCGUGUCUAUCCCUGCCUUCCCACCCGUAAUGGCGCGCUUUGCCAGCGUUCGCUCCCGCAUUAGUUCCUACACCAAGAGCCUGCUCAGCCCUCGAUCGCGUCUCUCAUCCCGUUUCUCGUCGUCAAAACGAGACUCCAAUGGCUCGGAGAAGCAGUCAUAUGGGAAGCCGUAUGGUAGCAGCUCUAAGCGGUCUGGACCAGAUAGCUCGCCUCAACUACCGAAGAAUAUCUCAUUCAUCACCUCGCCUGCUUUCAUUGGUACGGAGGGCUACCAGGAGAGCGAGAAGUCGUCUGAUAAGAGCACAUUCUCAAUGGAGAGGGGUAGUGAAGAACACAUAGUGGAGCCGGAGCAGGCUCAUGUUUCGCACGGCUGGGCGGUGCCUUCAUCGAAGCAUGAUACUCUCGGUGAUAACGCAGUUUAAGUACCGUGUGGGGAUUGUUUAUGUGAUACCCAUUUCUCUUUCUAGAGGGCGCACCUCCAUUUGCACUGGUUUUGUGCUAAACGUUUCGAGUUGGGGUUUGGAACCAAGAAGUGGAAAGGGAACGAAGUUAUGACACGAAGAAAUAUGAGACUCUAUGCCGCAAUAUAGCGGAUAAAUGAGAUGAAGUUAGUCAAUACUUGACUAUGAUAUACGUAUACUCAAGUUCCGUGAUAUAAUCCCCAUUAUGAAACCAUUGCGGUGAACACGGGGAAGACGGAGUGCAAAUAUUGGCCGAAAUGAACAUCAUAUAUA